AUGGUAAUAAAUGUCUCGACGAAGGAGGCGCUCAUCGCACCUAGACAGGGCGGGAAACACCAUAGGGGGCUUGCAGUACGUUACGUUGUCGUUCUCUCUUGUCUAAUUGCGGCUUUCUACUAUCUAUUAGGCACUGUGAGGGUACGGGAUGACGAGGAUGCAGUAUUCGAGAUUUUAUCCGGCGAGGAGGGUUGGCAUGUCGGGUCUGAAGGGGAGAGGGAGCGGUUGGCUCAGCUGGGGCUGACACCUCGUGCCCCUGUGAUCCUUCGGGACUCGCAGACUGGCAAAGAGAAAAAGCUGCAUGGCCGGUUCUUGCAUAUAACAGAUAUCCAUCCCGACUCGCAUUAUAGAGAAGGUUCGUCCAUUGACAAGCAGUGUCACAGAGAUAAACCAGAGGAUAAAAAGGACCGCGCUCCGCGGUUUGGAAGGGCUUGCGCUGGUUGUGACGGGUCCGUGGAUCUGAUGGAUUACACGCUUAAAUGGAUAAAAGAGAAUGUCAGGGAUGAAAUCGACUUUGUCAUAUGGACGGGUGACAAUGUGCGCCAUGACAAUGAUCGUCAAAUUCCGAGAACGGAAUUUGAAAUUCUAGACAUGAAUGAAGUUUUGGCACAGAAGAUGCACUCGUUAUUCUGCGAUCAUGAGAGUAAUAAUCCUCGAGACUUUGAUGCAAUGGUGGUGCCAAGUCUUGGUAAUAAUGACGUGUUCCCCCAUAAUUUGUUUGCAAUGGGGCCAACUCUGCAGACAAGAGAGUACUACAGAAUUUGGAAUACUUUUGUACCGCAGGAACAGCAAAGAAUUUUCGAUAGAUCUGCGAGUUUUGUCACAGAAGUUAUUCCUGGAAAACUGGCCGUCAUUUCGAUUAAUACACUUUUCCUGUUUAAGUCUAAUCCAUUGGUUGAUAACUGUGACUCCAAAAAACAACCAGGUUAUCAACUAUUGGUUUGGCUCGGCAACAUUUUACAAGAGAUGAGAGAAAGGGGUAUCAAGGUAUGGCUAUCAGGCCAUGUUCCCGCAAUACCGAAAAAUUACGCGGAUUCGUGUUAUGACAAAUUCACUUUAUGGACUUACGAAUACAGAGAUAUAAUUAUUGGCAGUUUAUAUGGGCAUAUGAAUAUGGACCAUUUUAUACCUGCUGAUGGCAAAAAGUCAUGGAAGAUCAUCAACGAGCGGGAACAAUUGAAUGGUGCUUCAUUAUAUAAAUCUUAUAGUGAUAAUGAAGCUGACGCUGAAGUUGCUGACGAUGAUGAUGAUUUUUUCUUAGACCAUGCAAUGUGUGCCAGUGAAACCCAUUUAUUAGGUGCCAAGCCAGUACAAAAAGAGUCUUACAUGAAUUCAGUCAAAAAUGUAUUCUACCAAAAGAUUUUUGACAAAUUUGAAGAUCAGGAAGCAUAUCAAACUGGGAAAAGAAAAAGAAAAAAUCUCAGAAAGAAAAGAAAAUCGAUGGAGAAGCUUUGCGAACGUUACUCAAUUGUCCAAAUUGCGGGAUCUGUGAUUCCAACUUUCAAUCCCGGUUUCCGUAUAUGGGAAUAUAACUUAACCGGUAUCGAUAAUGAUGAUCAACUACUGAGGGCGCAAUCUUGGGAUAAAUUCUACCAAAAUCUAGAAAGGAUAAUGGACAAUGAUGUGAGAAUUGAUGAAGAUUAUAGUAUAGUCGAAAUAACCGGCAAAAGAAGCAAGAAUGAUAAAACACUACCUGCGAAAAAGCCCAAAAAUUUACCUCUAGGACCUGCACACGUUGCUCAAUUGUUUUCGCCAACAAAAUUCAUUCAAUAUUUUGCAGACUUGUCAGAAAUUGAUAAACAGUAUAAAGAUUUGCUCAAACAGGGUAAGAAUGCAUCUGAGGCUGCAGAUUUUGCUUUCAAGUACAAAGUUGAGUAUACCUCACAAGAUGAGCCGUAUGCAUUAGGAGGAUUAUUGGUUAAGGACUAUAUUUCAUUAGCAUCUAAGCUGGUUAGUGAUAAAAAACUAUGGAAAAAGUUUCUGGAGAGAGCGUUCAUUUCAUCAGGUUAUAAAGAUUAA